GAUAGUUUCUCGUGUUUCGUAUCAGAUAUCCUGAAUUCUAUUGAUCUAGACGUGAAUGCGCAUGAAGUGCUGGGUGUGUAUAUAAAUAAUCGCGACUUUCCUUCCUUGGCACCAAUACCAAUAAGUGACUUCUCGCAUCCUCACUCAGAUAUUUUGUCAACAACAGCCCACCUCGUGACUAUGGCAUCAAAAUCACUCCCAGUUCUAGUCAUCAUUGGCGGCGGCGGCAUCGGUCUUGCCACAGCCCACCGCCUCGGCCCCGGCCGACGAGUCCUUUUUGCAAGCCGCUCCCCCUCUACCCUCAACGCGGGGGCCGAAUCUCUCGGAAAGGAGGGCAUUGAGGUCACCACGCAACAGGUCGACGUCUCCUCCUAUGACUCCGUCGCAGCCGUCGCAAAGGCGGCCGCGGCCCUGGGCGCCAUUGAGGCCGUCGUACUGACAUCUGGUGUCAGCGCGGUAGUCGGGUCAGUCGAGAUGAUUCUAACAGUGGACAUUCGGGGCACCGCGAAUGUCAUUGAUGCUUUUGGCAAGGAAGUUGUCAUGCCUGCAGGUUCUUCGCUUGUUUGUACCGGGAGUAUAGCGCAAGGCUUAUGCCCACCCAUGUCCCCAGAAUUGGAGACGCACCUCGCUACGGCACCGCUCUCGGCCCUCUUGUCGCCGAACCAGGAGCUGGAUCAUAUCAUCAGCGGAAAGAGUAGAGUUGCGUACUAUGUUGCGAAGAAGGCCAACUUCUUACGGGUUCAGGCGGCAGCGGCGUCGAGAGAGUAUGCCGGCAGAGGUGUCAGGGUCAAUUGUGUUAGUCCCGGGAUGACGGAGACGAACAUGCUGACGGCGGAAAAGUCGGUGGAUAUGGUGGGUGAUAUGAUUACCGCUGCGCUAAAGGUUCAUCCUUUGAAAAGGGCGUCCACGGCAGAUGAGAUUGCUCAGGCGAUUGAGUUCGUUGUUCGAUGCGGCUACGUCAACGGAGUUGACAUUCUCGUUGAUGGGGGAAUCAGCGCGGUCGAGUUGUGGAGCAGCAUAGUCUAUCCCGAGAAGGCAGCGAAUCUGAGGAAGUCCAUUGAAGAAUAGCUCUGGACUCCAGACUUAUAGUCGUCAGCUGAAGGAAAAGUAGUUGAGAAGCUCGAAUGGUCAAUAAUAUCUCAUCCACGACCAUGCCUAAAUUUGCUGAAGUGUAGU